GACGACCAACGGCGGAAUUCUUCUUGUUGAUAGUAAGUUCAAUGCUCCCGAUUAUUGCGGAAGACCAUAAGAAGACAUCGAAUACUGCAUACCAAGGGGCAGGCCUUUAGGAAGCUCAAUGGUCAAAUACCUGCCAGUAAAACACAACAAUGACUCAGCUCGACGAUCGCUUGGACGAUUUCCUGCGAGGAAGAAAGCAGAAAGGCCGAUUCAGGAGUCUCAAAGAAUACGAUACAUCACCACAUUCUGGUCUCACAGAUUUUUCGUCAAAUGACUAUCUCUCAUUAACUUCCUCUGAAUCAUUGCGUUCCGCGUAUCUUGAGCGCCUUGCCAACAGUCCCCAAAUACUCGGGUCGACAGGCUCUCGACUGCUCAGUGGCUGUAGUCCUGCCCAUUCUGCCCUGGAAAAUCGUCUCUCAACUCUCUUCAAUUCCCCAUCUGCGCUCCUUUUCAAUUCAGGGUGGGAUGCCAAUGUGUCCUUUUUUGCCACGGUUCCCCAAGCGUCGGAUUGGGUCAUUUGUGAUGAGCUAGUCCACGCGUCUGUUCAUUCGGGCCUAAGGUCAUCAAGGGUACCUCCAGAGAAGAGGCUGAUCUUUCCUCAUAACAGUCCAGAAGGGUUGGAGAAAGUGCUACAACAAAUUGCUCGAAAUCCCAGCUCUGGGCACGAUUCCACCGUAUUUCUGGCGCUGGAAAGUCUGUAUUCGAUGGACGGGGACAUGGCUCCCCUUCCCCUUCUGCUAGACAUUUUUGAGCAAUAUGUGCCGAGGACUAGACAGUGUGUUGUAGUAGACGAGGCGCAUUCAACUGGCGUUUAUGGCGAGCAUGGUAAAGGUCUAGUCUAUGCCUUAGGUGAGGAAGGAGGAUGGGCACCAGGAGAUGGCAAUAAAAGGGGGAAGUCGAGGGUGGAUGUGAGAUUGAUGACGUUCGGCAAGGCGGUUGGAUGCUCUGGAGCGGUUUUAUUAUGCUCGCCUACCGUGCGGACCUUCCUUAUCAACUUUGCUCGGCCCUUUAUUUUCUCCACCGCUAUGCCUCAUUCAACGGUAAUCGCACUCCAAUGUGUCUGGGACCUGUUGCUCGGCUUAGAAGGAAAUAAGCGUCGUGAGAGCCUUAUGGCUAUUGCUGCUUACAUUCAUUCCCUUUUGAAUGAUCUUUUACGAAAUACUCCUGCCGAGAUUUUGCGCCUUCCCCCAAACUCUGGUGCCCAGUUCACUUUUCAUAUUCCCCCUCAUGAUACUGAGAGCGUAUCAUCUAGCCCGUUAUCCCCUAUCCUGGGGUUACUGACUCCGACGCCGCAUGCUCUAUCUGCAUUUCUUCUAGAGAAAGGUUUCAUCGUGAGACCAGUUGUACCACCCACUGUACCCCCAGGGGCCGAGCGCGUUCGUAUAUGUCUUCGCGCAAGCAUGGACAAGAAGGUCAUCGAUCAACUGAUGGCUGCUUUAAGAGAAUGGGUGGAGAGCAAAAUGAAUGUUGGCGUCAUGAGAGCAAAACUAUGAGAACAUGUUUUGAAACAAGCAAAUUAGCAUACUUCACAAUAGAUUGACAACAUCGUGUAACUGUGCAUAUAAAAAGCGCCCCAUCUUUUUACUAUAUCAAAUCAUCGCAUAUGAAUCUUUAAUUACUAGGC